AUGGACGCCGACGACUGGGGUCUCGGGGCGGUCGUAAGGAGCUGCGGCGGCGGCGUCGUCCCGGGCUAUGAAGCAGAGCCUCCUCGCCGUGAAGUCGUGCAUGCGCGGGCGGAUCCAGCGGAGUUCGUGGGGCGACCAUCGACAUCGAGGGCGGCGUCCACGCCAUCGUCGUUGUACGACGUGUUGGAGUACCUGGACUUGGAGCACGAGCAGCUGCAGCAGCGAGCGCCGUUCUCCAUCACGCCUUCGUCCGGCUGUGAUCGGGCGCUGGCGGAGCAGCCCGAGGUGCUCAUCUCCUUCCCUGCAGCUGCGACCUCGACGUCCGGGCAGGCGCUGCCCGCGAGGAAGCAGGCCGGCCGGAAGCCGGGAGGUGCUGGAGACCUCCGGCGGCCGAAGAGAGGCAAGAGCAAGAAGAGCCAGAUGAAGAAGGUGGUGCGGGAGGUGCCGGUGGCCGAGGGCGGCGUAAACGGCCCCGACGACCAGUGGGCGUGGCGCAAGUACGGCCAGAAGCCCAUCAAGGGCUCCCCCUACCCUCGAGGGUACUACAAGUGCAGCAGCAUGAAGGCGUGCACGGCGCGGAAGCUGGUGGAGCGCAGCCCGGCCAAGCCCGGCAUGCUCGUCGUCACCUACAUCGCCGACCACUGCCACGCCGUGCCCACCACCAUAAGCGCGCUCGCUGGCACCACGCGCCACCCGCCCCAGUCGCCCGUGUCCGACGAGGACACGGCCCUGAACCGCGGGGACGACAGCGCCGACGUCUCGUCAUCCGCGGCUGGCGCGGACGACGAGUCCGAGCAGCUCUGGUCGCCCGUGGACAUGGACGAUUUCUUCGCCUCUUUUGACGACGAUUUUGAUCAUUUCUUCCAGGACGACGCCCUGGAGCGACGGGUCUCGCUGUAG